AUGUCAAAACGAAUGCUUGGGAAACUGUCAUUCCUUGUUGGUGGGACUUUUGGUGGGACUUUUGGUGUUUUUAUUGGUUAUUAUUUGAACAAGCCAAGGGAGGUGAAAGAAUGGUCACCCGGCUCUUCGUAUAUGAUAAACUUGCCCUCCAAAGAAAAACAGUGGUUACCUCAAGUUUUAGCUCCUUUUGGAGGAUAUCCCGGGCCAGUUCACGACGCGUUACCAAGAAAGGCAUAUUACUCUUCAUUUAACCGACGACUUCAUCAUCCAAACUGGGUAUUUGAGCAUCUAACAAAAGACUCGCUAAAAAUUGGUGAAGGUGUAGAUCGUAAAUUUUCAAAAUUCCGGGAGGAUUCAGACAUUCCAGAAAUGUUUAAUGCAAAAUUGACCGAUUAUAUUAGAUCGGGAUAUGAUAGGGGUCACAUGGCUCCAGCUGCUGAUGCUAAAAAUACACAAGAAUCUCUGGAUGAGACUUUUUACUUGACAAAUAUUGCACCUCAAGUCGGGAAUGGUUUUAAUAGAGAUUAUUGGGCAUUCCUUGAAGAAUUUUGUAGAAAACUUGUACUCAAAGAACACUUCAAAGACGUUUACAUAUUUACAGGCCCAGCUUAUUUACCGAAGAAAGAGGAAGAUGGUAAAUGGUAUGUGAAGUAUCAACUCAUAGGCGAGCCUCCAAACGUUGCCGUCCCAACACACUUUUUUAAAGUAAUCUUGGCCGUUAAAGAAAACGAUAGUGGAAAAUUGCAUGCACUUGGCUGUUUCUUGCUACCAAACCAGCCUAUACCGCAUAAUGAUCCACUUGAAAAUUACGCAGUUCCGCUUAAUGCUUUGGAGAGAACUACUGGGUUAAGAUUUUUUGAAAAUCUUAAGGAGGAGACUGUUCCUCUUUGCGAGGCUACAAAAUGUGAACUAAUUCCUCCUCACAAAUGGAUAUCAAGUGAUGAAAGAGAAAAAUUAUUGACAGAUCAAGAGCCAAAAAAAUUAAUUUCAUAA